GUCAGAGGCGGUACUGCAGGCGGAAGUGCUGCACCUGUUGAUGCCUCUUGUUUCGGUGGAACACCUGAAAAUACCUGAAAGUUACUUUUCCUGGAGGUUCUGAAGACUCUGGAGGGUUGAGUCGGAACUUCAUGGAUAAAUUGAAGAGGGUUCUGAGCGGGCAGGAUGACGGGAGCGCUGAAGGGAACGCGGACGGGAGCGGCAUCCUGGAGAGAGCCAAUCAGGCGUCGACCCUGGCGUGGGGAACCAGGAUGAAGGGUUUCCUGAUCUGCUUUGUUCUGGGCACUGUGAGUUCCAUCCUGGGUACCUGUCUGCUGUGGAUUCCAGGUGUUGGUCUUGCUGUGUUUGCUGUCCUCUACAGUGUGGGAAACAUCUGCGCUCUGGUCAGCACCAUGUUCCUGAUUGGACCGAGCCGGCAGCUGAGAACCAUGUGUGCUAAAGAGCGAGCGCUGGCCACCGCUGUCAUGCUGGUGUGUCUGGUGUUGACGCUCUGCGCUGCUCUCUGGUGGAAGAAUUAUGGACUGGCUCUGCUCUUCUGUGUGCUGCAGUUUGUGGCCUUUACCUGGUACGGUCUGUCAUACAUCCCCUUCGCCAGAGACGCUGUUCUGAAAUUAUUCUCUCUCUGCAUGUAGAGUCUGUCUGACCAAUCAGGACGCAGCGUGUUCAUCCAAUCAGCACCUGGACUGUUACCUUGUUUUUUAGGUUUUAUGUAUUUAGAUCUGAGUUCAUUAACUGAUUCUGAUUCUUUGUCCUGAAACAGCAGAAUGUUUUAUACAGAAAACCAUUUAAGUUUUUAACUUCUUCCUACCUGAUGGUUACCUUUAACUUCAACAGUGAAACAUUGAAUAUUUAUCGACCAGUGGACAGAGCUGCAGAAACACUGAUAUGAAUAUUCAAUAAAAAUGUGUCUUUUAA